CCUCCUUAUAUAAUAAACACACUCUCUCCAAAACAGAGAAGAAAACCCCAUGUCACAAAACAGGGGAAGAAAUUCAUAUUUCAUCUCUUUUUUCUCCAAUUCCUCUCCUCUAAUAGUGUUUGUCUAAUAUUGAAAUUUAAAAAUAAUAAAAUCCAGUUCUAAUAAUUUCAUCCCAAUUUAUAUUUUUCUUUCUAAACCAAAAUUUGAUUUAUUUUUCGAUUUUUAAUUUCUGGGUUUUUGCUCGAUGAAGAACAACAACGAAGAACAAGCUAGGUCUUUGUUUGGAAUCAGCUUAACAAGUAGGCCUAAAUGGCAUCAAUUCCUGAUUUGCUCUUCUGGGUUUUUCUUCGGUUACCUCAUCAAUGGCAUCUGCGAGGAAUAUGUAUACAACAGACUUAAAUUUAGCUAUGGUUGGUACUUCACAUUUAUUCAGGGGUUUGUUUACUUAGCAUUAAUCUACAUGAAUGGGUUUACAACUAAACAAAUGGUGAAUCCAUGGAAGACUUAUGUCAAGCUUUCAGCAGUUUUAAUGGGUUCUCAUGGACUUACUAAAGGAUCCUUGGCUUUUCUUAAUUACCCUGCUCAAAUUAUGUUCAAGUCAACUAAGGUUUUACCGGUUAUGAUAAUGGGUGCAUUCAUUCCGGGUUUAAGAAGGAAGUACCCUCCAUCUGAGUAUUUAUCAGCAUUGCUUUUGGUGGUGGGUUUGAUACUUUUCACUUUAGCAGAUGCUCAAACAUCUCCAAAUUUUAGUAUGAUUGGUGUUAUGAUGAUUAGUGGUGCUCUUAUUAUGGACUCCUUCCUCGGAAACGUGCAAGAAGCGAUCUUCACCAUGAAUCCUGAAACCACUCAGAUGGAGAUGUUAUUCUGCUCAACAGUUGUUGGUUUGCCCAUGUUGAUUCCACCUAUGGUUCUGACAGGAGAGUUGUUUAGAGCAUGGACUUCAUGUUCUCAGCAUCCCUAUGUGUAUGCUGUGUUGAUUUUUGAAGCCAUGGCUACCUUUAUUGGUCAAGUUUCUGUCUUAUCUCUCAUUGCUUUGUUUGGUGCUGCUACUACAGCUAUGGUGACCACAGCAAGAAAGGCAGUGACAUUGCUGCUAUCUUACUUGCUCUUCACAAAGCCUUUAACUGAGCAGCACGGAACAGGACUGUUGUUGAUUACCAUGGGAAUCGUAAUAAAGCUUUUGCCAGAUAACAAACCCCAGAAUAGAGUCCCAAAACCAACCGAAGUCAGCAAGGUGGAAAGACUAUCCACAGAAGAGGAGAUGAACCGAUUGAUCAACGAAGAUGACCAAGAAAGAAGGCAGGUGGUUUGAGAGUAAAUACCGCGUCUAGCACAACAUUUUUAAUGAGUUCGUCUGUUGUAGAUUGAUAGGAUCCCUCCAAAAAUUUAGUGAGCAAUAGUUUAAUUGGGUUGGUGAUGCUGUGAUAGCAAGUCUAUAGAGAUGUAUUUGAUUAUAUUCCCCCCUUUGAAUGUGUUACAUAUAUAUCAGGUGAAUAUAUAUUAACAUUGGUGAUUUCAGCAGAAGAUAAUAGCUAGUACAGGUUAAUUAAGGAUUCUAGUCGUUCGUAUCUGUAAUCGUUAAAAUUUCAUUUUUAUUAACAUAGUCCGAAAUUCAUAAUCGUUCAUCGAA